AGCAGCUCAGCAGGCAGCGUUUCACAGCCACUCACUGCUGCUGUUUACAUUUUCUCACUCAAAAACGACUUUUUGGACUCGACCCACGGCCCGACAUCAACAGCGUUAGCUAAGCUGCGUGCGGUUAUUGCAGGGUGCAGACUGAAGUUAAAUAAGUUACAGGAGUGAGGAGCUAAUAAUUCGGAGUUAGCUAACGAGCUGUACCAGAAACUUCUGUAUCCACUCGGGACAGCUGAGAGUUUUACCAUCGUUAGAUUCUCAGGAAACUUUGGCGGAUUGGCAUAUUGAAUACAAAACAUGUCGUUUCUGAGGCUGGCAGGGGUGUCCAUCACCUCUAUCUGCCCUUAAAAGACUUCAAAGUCAGUAACGUUGGCUGACAUUAACCAGCUUCAAAAAACGGCAGCGUCAGGGGAGAAGAGAGUGGACUCAUCCGGCUCAGCAUCCACCUCGAGGAUGGAGCUAGCAGCGGCUCACCCAGCUCUCAAAGCUUUUAUGUGUGGCUCUCUCAGUGGCACCUGCUCGACGCUGCUCUUCCAGCCUUUGGACUUGGUCAAGACGCGGCUGCAGACCAUCCAGAACAAUGCCAAGCCGGGUUCGCCAAAGGUCGGGAUGUUUAGUGUUUUAAUCAACGUUGUUAGGACAGAGAAUUUCUUCAGUCUGUGGAAGGGAGUUUCACCAUCAUUUGUGCGCUGCAUCCCUGGUGUGGGCAUCUACUUCAGCACCUUCUACUCCCUGAAGCAGCACUUCAUCCUCGAACGAGCACCCAACGCUGGUGAGGCUGUUCUGCUCGGAGCGGGCGCCAGAGCUGUGGCCGGGGUCUCCAUGCUGCCAUUCACUGUUAUUAAGACACGCUUUGAGAGUGGCUAUUACAACUAUGUGAGUGUUGCUGGGGCUCUGAAAAGUGUGUAUGAGACUGAGGGACUCAGGGCUCUGUUCUCGGGGCUGACUGCCACACUGCUCCGAGACGCUCCGUUCUCCGGCAUCUACGUCAUGUUCUAUAGUCAGGCAAAGAAGUCUCUGCCUCAAGAGGUGACUUCAUCAGGUUACAUCCCGCUGGUGAACUUCGGCUCUGGGGUGGUGGCAGGCAUUUUGGCGUCACUGGUCACGCAGCCUGCAGACGUGGUGAAGACCCACAUUCAAGUCAGCCCGUCCCACUGGAGCACAUCAGACGCCAUUCGCUACAUCUACAUGGAGCACGGACUGCGUGGGUUUUUUCGUGGGGCUGUACCCAGGUCUCUUCGACGCACUCUGAUGGCUGCUAUGGCUUGGACUGUGUAUGAACAGCUGAUGGCCCGAAUGGGCCUCAAAUCCUGAGGAGUGACUGUGUGGAGCCAAAAAAGGAACAGAGACAGAAUGAAAUUUAAGGGGAUAGUGAAAUAUUUUCUCACUGCAAAGAGAAGGGAGGAGCUUAAUGAGACAAGAUGUCGAACAGAGGAACCAGGUGGAUAAAUGUCUGAGAAAAAAAGAGUAAGAAUGCAGUGUGUGUGUGUGUGCAUGCAUGCGUGGAUGUGUGUGUUAGUUGAUACAGUAUUUAAAUGUUUGUGAAAAUGUGUCUGUUUUGUAUCUGUAGGUGUGUAAGUUCAAGAUUGUGAUGUAACACGCCUCUUUAUUCAAUCUCAGACCGAAGUGACACUCCCUGCUGUGAAGUGAACUUGUUCCUCUUACUUUUCAUGUUUGGAUGCCCUGAGGUAUGGCUACCACUCAAAAAUGCACCUGACAGAGGGCUUGUAAGUCUUCUUGGCAGCGUAGUUGCCUUUGUGGAGUCGAAACAGAAUGGACACUCGGCGAGCUGCUGUAACGAAGACCUGCUGAUGUAACUGAAAACAAAGCACUGCAGGGAGAGCAGCUGAGCUCUCCGUUUAUGACCCGUGCAUAAGAUUGAGAAACAUUUCUUGCCCACUGAUGCUCAUCACAAGCAGACAGUACAUUUUACUUGUCUUAGGCUCAGACAAUCACAAGUACUCACACACACACACACACACACACACAGAUGCAUUAUGGGAAGAAAACCUAGGAUAACUACAAUUAAUCACAAUAAAGCCUUUGUUGCCAUACUACUCAAAUUUAUGCUAUGCUUUAAACUUUAUACACAACAGUGGUACAUUUUUGACUCCAGAUGUGCUUUUUAAAGAAAUAAUGAUAGUCUUAUCUGGGCUUAAAAUAUAAGUAAUGUAGCCAAAAGAUAUUCAGACUUGUGAUGGCAUCUCAUUCAGAUCAGGAUUUUGUGAUGUUUUGUAAUUGAAAUGCUGGAUUUUUUUCGGAUUUACACAAAAACAGCAGUGCAGUUUUGCAUUGUUUCCUGUGUGUAAGGAAGCAUUUUUAUGAUUUGACUUUUUUUCUCUAGAUAUUAAGUAACUAUUUCUGACCGGGUGAAAUCUCAAAUAUUUCAUAUUUUGUUGACAGAAAGUCAGUCACCAGAGUAGCUUGUUGCAUCUUUCCAGAACAUUAAGCUUGCUAGUCAAGCAUUGUUUAAUAAUUGUGUUACCAUGUUCAUAAAAGUUAUACAGAAUACAAAUCAGUCUGGAGAGACAUUGAUCUUCUUUCCUCUUUCUGGCUUUGUAAAUAUUUGACUAAAUACAGACUCACUGGUUGUAACAAAUCAAGGCCGUAUUUUUAUGUUGCUUGUACAGUGUGCCAUUUUCCAUAGAUAUAAUUUAUUAUUGUUAAUAUAAAAGAGGUGAUAUAUUGAAAAGAAGUAUUAUAUUUAAGUGUUGCCAAAUGGAAGGUCUCAUUAGUAAAGAAGAUAGAUAGACUUAAUUGUCUCUAUAAUUAAUAAAGAAUACAUCAUUGUGUAUCAGCAGUUUAAACAUGCUGACUUGACUCAGAGAGUGUGAUUUGUGAUAUAACAGGAUGGCUUCUGGUAUCAGCGGAUAUACUGAAGCCUCCUUGACAGUACAGAUUUUUUUCUUGUAUAAUGGGAGAAAUGAGGUGGAGUUGAACUUAAGAAACAUGUUUUUAAAGGCCUUGUUUGAGGCAGGCGAGGUUGAUUUCUAAAUGCCUCUGCGUUUGCUGUGUAACACAAACUGCAUCUUAACUGUGAACCUACAUAUGCCAUAAAUAACACAGACAUUUUACAUAGCAGAUUAUCUUCAUCGUCACACCACUCCUGUCUCAGUCGAUCUUCUGUGGUGACUAUAUUGUAUAUGGUCAUUGUUAUUGUAGAUAUUUGGUCUGUGCAUGUCUUGGCUCAGACACUGUGCCUGUUGGUUUUUAACGUCAAUAAAUUUUUCCUU